AUGCUUGAAAACAUGGGGACUUUUGAGUAUCACUUUUGCACAAUUCCUGCUACCAGAACGUCAAAAAGGCCUAGGCAAGAGCCAACACCGUCUCCGAUUCCUGUUCCGGAAUUUUUGGAAGUGAAAACCUGCCCAGUUGUAUCUAUCUUCCAAAAAAAGAAUCCGCCUGCAACCUCCGUUAAUCGAAACCGCGAUAUUCGCGGUCAAAUGACGCCAACUUACGACACUCCUUUGAUCAAAUUUCUGCUUAUAUCUAAGAUGAAGGGUAUUCCAACAUUGACUAUACAAUCGACGUUGGAAGAAUUCACUGAUCUUUUUCCUGAUUUGAAGAAUGCUCUUGACGAUCCAGACAAAUCAGUUGCUAUGCCCUCCCAAAAUUUUAUCACCUCCUUAACUGGGGCCUUUACCCCAAUCCUUCAUGAUCAAAUGGAGAGUUUUGUUCGCUCAUCACGUUACCUGACCAUUCACAUGGACGGGAGCACUAGUAGGCGAAAUCGCGCGGUCGCUGCACUAGGAGUUUCAAAUGAACGUGGUGGGUUUAUGCUUUUGUCCCUGUUUCAGCAAAUUAAGCAUUCUGCAGAAAACAUUGCAGAAUCCGCCUUCGCAGAAUUGAUAAAAUUGCCAUUCUAUCGGAUGUUAUUUCAAAAGCUUAAGUUCGUAGUGAGCGAUACAGCUCAUGCCCAGCUCAAGGCGAACAUUUUAUUUUCUGAUAAGCUUAAAGAAAAUGGCUUCUCCGGAGCGAUUCCUUUACAUUGUGUUAUGCAUGUGGCGGCAAACUUUGAUCUUCGAAGUUAUGAACACUUUAUGUUCGAAGAUAAAUCAAGAGAUGCACUUGCUGAAAAUCCGAAAGGCCGACCCGCAGGAAAUGCCAAUAACAAAGACACUUGGAAUCUUCUACACAGUCUAAAAAUGAGUUUCGGAAGUCGAACAACAUGCAGUCAUAGUAGAUCUGAUAUUCGUUUUGGGCUCGAAGCUUCGUUUCUCGAAGCUGAAACGUUUUCGACACGCCCCUUUCUCUCGGACAUUGGAUCCCGUUACGCAGUCCAUCAAGCGAACGUGCUUAAUUUUUUUAAACACGAAGAACUUGUUUUAAAAACUUGUCGGGAUUAUCGGGACAGAAAAUUCGCUAACAUGAUUCUUACCAUUUCGGAAAAAUCUGAUUACGACUUGACAAAACUGAAAUCUUCUAUAAUACCAAUGUUUUGGUGGGCGGUAAGCGAGCCUUUUCUUAAAUCAUCUGGAGGACAUUCACGAACUUACGGCUCACUUAUGAAAGCGUACACAGAUAUGGAGAAAAGAAUGGAGCGUGUUAAGCAGGGGUCUAUUCACUUCAUAUUAUGGGCUGGGUUUAAAUUUUAUUUGAACUUUAACUAA